AUGAAGAAUUCUGUUCCCAUCCCGUCAGAUGUGUGGGAGGAGAAAAAGACCCUGAUUGCUACUCUAUAUAAAGACGAAGAAUGGCCAUUGAAACAAGUCAUCAAAAAGAUACGCUCAGAUAAUUUCAAUCCAAGUGAGACUCAGUUACGAAGUAGGCUUAAGAAAUGGCGUGUUACCAAGCCCUCCCGUCAGACAAGAAAGAAGUCAGAAGAGACAACGAAAGAGCUAUUUCACGAGACGAACUUCCCCAAGCGCCAUUCCAAUAACAGCUCGCCCGAAACCCAACCCCGUUCCCGGCCAUUGCCAUCGGCAACAGAGACUGUCGUCACCGAACAAGAGUGGUAUGUAGCCAACAAAGCAUACGAACCACACGGUCUCACGGCGUCCAGUGGUGGUGGACGAGAUAUUCCCGCUGCCUGGGACCCCAACUCGAGUUAUUCUUCACCCCAAAUCUCACCAGAAAAGUCUCGUGUCGGCUCCCAUGCUUCUCUGGCCAUUACCACUCCCCCCUCAUAUGAUCCGCCUCAACCAUCGCCCUUGAUGGAUGGUGCCUUGCUCAAUCCUACUUCUACAAUGACACCUACAUUCACGCAUUCGCCUUACGCCUUGGGUGCUGACCACUCCAUGCCAACACCUGCGUCAACAACUACUGCAGUUCCAGAUAUCCAGUGGGCGAUGCCACAAUGGUAUUCCAUGCCUAUAGAGACGACCACCCAGGCCUCAUCAAUGCCCUUCUAUGCUUCAGGCCCUCUAACUCCACCAAUCGACCCUAUGGUGCACAUUAUAUCUCAGCAACCCAUACAGCAGAUAUCUGAAUCUCGAGAUGGACUGAAAUUAUGGGAGCCCCCCGUUUCCGGCCCUUUUAACCCAGAGUUGGCCGCACAAUUGAGCCAAAAGGCACGACAACCACCAAAGCCACUGGAGAAAGAGGUACCGCACCCGCUAAAGAUAAGCACUAGCCAAUACCCAGGUGGAGUGGUCACACCGACGUCGCCCUUCUUCCAUCAUGGACCAUAUUCUUCCUUGUGCUCACCGGGCUAUGCUUAUCCUGGUCCUGAGACUCUUGUCCAUCGGCCGAGCAUUGAAUUUUAG